GGAUCAUAAUAAAGUAACUACAGAAGGAAUUAUUGAGAUAAUGAAGUUCCAGCAUAAACUUGUUCCAGGUCACGGAUCAGAUCAUUUGGUAAGAACGGUAGGUGAUCUACUUACGGUUGAAAGAAAACAAAAAGCACAAGAUGAUUUGAGAGAUUCCUCUACCCCGUCAACAAGAUUAGAAGGACUAGUACCUUGCUUAGGAGAUUUUCAUACAUAUGGCAAUUUUCUUGAGGUUAUUUGGCAUCUAUUGUACCAUGCUUCAUCUUCUCAGGACAUUGGGACUUUGUUUCAGGCUCGUAACUUCUUUAAUGCCAGAUCUGUAUCAGCGUCUCUGUUAAAAGACAUCAAUGCUUGUGAAGAUUUUAUUCUUAAAUACAGUGAUGCAUUUUUAGUUACUGCGUUCAAGCACUAUUUUACUGUAAACAAUUUUGAUUUUUCUGAUCAGGGAAACAAAUGUUAUAAUAAACUUCUUAUGAAAAAACUUCUUACGGAUCUUGUUGAAGGUUAUAUAACCCCUGAUAUGUCAGAAGAUAUAUUUUUAUGCAAGGGCUAUAAAUGCUCAUUUUGUGAAAAAUCAUAUAUUCGUAUGAAGACUUUAAAAAUGCAUAUUAAAAAUAAUAACAAAAAUGCCACAUUGUUGCCUGAUAAAACUGAAGAUUUUGUUCUAAACUACAGCAAAAAUGCUUUAAAUUUGUGUUUUUUGGUUAAAGAUUUUAUCAAUGCUAGAAAGCAUGGAGACGGGAAACGGAUAUUGCGUUUGCAUAAAUUUCUACUUCUUUAUUUCAAACUUGAUACAAAACUUUAUACAAAACUUGAUCGUACAAAGUAA